AUGAGCAACAAGCGGCUGCGCUCGCGUGAACUCAAGCAGGGGGAUACGAAUACCGAGGCCGCAGUGGCCGCGUCGGUUUCAGCAUGGGGCUCGCGGCUGCCAUGCGUCAAAGAUGAGCCCGCGCCGAAUGACGCGCUGACUGCUCUACUGAACGCACCAUCUUCAACGACCUUUAAGACGGUGUCUCUGUAUAACCACAUGGGUGUGGGCUGUCAAGUGACUGCGCACGACGCAUUGACGCUCGCCGACAAGGAAUAUCUGGGCGACGCGGUCGUCGAUUUCCAUAACAUGUACCCAAGGUGUCCGAACGGGAAAUCAUGGGUGGUCCUUGACAGCAAGGCGUAUGCGUAUGCCAAGCUUCACAAGAAGCCGAUUGGGAGGUGCACGGGCCCGUCUGUGUUCGAGUACGAUUACAUCGCCGUCCCGGUAUAUGCCCGCGGGAUUGUAAGCCAGACGGCCGCACCUGUGGAGUUCAUUCUGUUCGACAGUGACGGCCUCCACGCCAAGACUACUGAUGCCUUUGACGGGACUAAAGCCUGGGACUGCGGAGUGUACAUGUGCCAGUAUCUCGAAGCACUGGUGACAUCUGGGUUCAUAACCGUGAGAGAGUACAUAUCGUUCAAGGGGGUGAGCGCUGAGAGGUACCGCCACAAGAUGCGUGGGGAUCUUUGUUCUCAUGCCGAGGGAAUGCUGAUUCCCGAGCUGCAGCGCCAGGGUCUCCGCAUACCUCUGCAACCUGUUCCCGUUAUCGACGACAACGGAUACAUCUGCGUCGACCCUCCCGUGGACAUCCGAAGAGAGCUGCUAGACCACAAGGAGAAGUUCGCUGUGAUUGAGCACGACAUACAAGUUCUGACGGCCAAGAUCGAGUAUCUGGCCAUCCGCAAAGGCGUGACGUCGGACGAGCUGGACGCAGGGGCGCACCAACACCUUGGUGUCGUGGUAGACACGCUGGUAGAGUCGGCGACUCCACACAAGCCCGCUAAAGCAGACCCUACCGCGGACAGAAGUGGCCCAAUGGAAGUCGCGCACACUGCACCGACGCGUGCACUGGCGGCAGUGCCAUCAAUCUCUCCCUGUCUUGCACCUCACACACCUGCCGAGAAAGAUAGCCAAGUUACUGCCGGAGACGCGACACCUGCUGUGGUCAGGCAACAACAGCGCGACCAUCUUGCAGUGGCUUUGCGCAGCCGCGCUAAGACUCCCGUGCCCGCAGCUCCAGGUAACCCCGGAAGGGUCGCAAGCAGCGGCCGAAUGGGAGUUAUGUGGAACGCAGAGAAGCAGAGGUACUACGUCCGGAUCAUAUCUGCUCGCCGUCAGCAGGUUCGUCUGGGGUCGUACGAGGACAAGGACGAGGCGUCAUACGCGCGGUGGAACAGAUGGAGGGAGUGGAGAGCCGCAAUGGCUGGCGUGGACGACGCGCAGCCGGUCGAUCGCCGUUCGCGGCGAAAGGGCAGAGUGUCCCGGGCCAUUAGUGACGUUGAGGAGGUGGAGGCGAUCACGCAGACUACAGAGGACCAGGCUAUGGCAGACGAGCCAGAGGACCGAACAGAGGACUACACGGAUGACGAUGAGUCCGUUGACGAUGAUGCUGUGUAUGAACCUGGAAACGAUACUUUCGACGAAGAUGAUGGAUGGGAGGAUGUCAACCGUGCACAGGGUGUUGCAUGA